AAGGUAUUUCAUGCAUGGAGUUUGUAAGGAAGGAGAUAACUGUCGCUACUCACAUGACCUCUCUGACAGUCCUUACGAUGUAGUGUGCAAGUAUUUUCAGCGAGGAUACUGUAUUUAUGGAGACUGCUGCAGGUAUGAACAUAGCAAGCCUUUGAAACAGGAUGAAGUGACUGCUGUAGAUCUAACUGCAAAAUCAUCCCUUGCUGCUUCCUCAAGUCUCUCAUCAGGCGUUGGACCAGUUGUUGAAAUGAAUACGGGCGAAGCCGAGUCAAGAAAUUCAAACUUUGCAACUGUAGGAGCAGGUUCAGAAGACUGGGUGAAUGCCAUUGAGUUUGUUCCUGGGCAGCCCUACUGUGGCUGUAUUGCCCCUUCCUGCACUGAAGCAUUCCCGCAGGGCUCAGUGACCAAGGAAGAAUUGGAGAAAGAGCAAACAGCAGCAGAAACCAAGCAGCAGCUUUGCCCCUAUGCUACGGUCGGAGAGUGCCGGUACGGGGAGAACUGUGUGUAUCUCCACGGAGACUCCUGCGACAUGUGUGGGCUGCAGGUCCUCCAUCCGACUGAUGCCGCCCAGAGAUCGCAACAUAUAAAAUCUUGCAUUGAGGCCCAUGAGAAGGACAUGGAGCUCUCAUUUGCUGUCCAGCGCAGUAAGGACAUGGUGUGUGGCAUCUGCAUGGAGGUGGUCUAUGAAAAAGCCAACCCCAGUGAGCGCCGCUUUGGGAUUCUCUCCAACUGCAACCACACUUACUGUCUCAAGUGUAUUCGCAAGUGGAGGAGUGCUAAGCAAUUUGAGAGCAAGAUCAUAAAGUCCUGCCCAGAAUGCCGGAUCAUAUCUAACUUUGUCAUUCCAAGUGAGUACUGGGUGGAGGAGAAAGAAGAGAAGCAGAAACUCAUUCAGAAAUACAAGGAAGCAAUGAGCAACAAGGCGUGCAGGUAUUUUGAUGAAGGACGUGGGAGCUGCCCAUUUGGAGGGAACUGUUUUUACAAGCAUGCGUACCCUGAUGGCCGUAGAGAGGAGCCACAGAGACAGAAAGUGGGAACAUCAAGCAGAUACCGGGCCCAACGAAGGAACCACUUCUGGGAGCUCAUUGAGGAAAGAGAGAACAGCAACCCCUUUGACAACGAAGAAGAGGAGGUUGUCACCUUUGAGCUGGGCGAGAUGUUGCUUAUGCUUUUGGCCGCAGGUGGGGACGACGACCUGACAGACUCUGAAGACGAGUGGGACUUGUUUCAGGAUGAGCUGGAAGAUUUUUAUGACUUGGAUCUAUAGCAGCUUGACGUGGCAUGUGAACUGGUCUGCUGAGCCCCAGACAGUAGCUGUCCCCUGAGGUGGGGUGGCAGUGCCCGAGUUUCUCUCCUAGGCAGGCCGAUCAACUCCAGGUGCUGUCGUGAUCCUACUUACCCAGGGCCUGUCUCAAUCCCUCACCUUUUCCCAAGGAGUGUGUUUUUUUCUCUGUUAAAAAAAAAAAGUUACAAAAAUAAAUCUUA